AAAAUUUCUAACUCCCAAGGCCACAUUUCAACAGGCAAAGGAUAAAACGAAAUAACAAGCGUGUGCGCCGUCCGCGAGAAAUUAUCCGCCCAAAAUCUUCCAAAUAUUCGUAAACAUGACCGUAGAUUCUCUUCGCACGCGGCUGUUCAGCGAAGCCCAGCUCAGGAGCUUCUCAAAUAAUUACCAUUAUCCUCCAAAAAGUCGAGCUGCCGCAGAUUUGAGCUCAAGAGCUUGUCGAGCUUCUCAAGAACCACUUUACGACGACGGCGAGAGCAAAUUAUUGAAACAAACAGGUAUGUUUUCAUUGAGAAAGAGAAUAGAAGAUUCUAUUCUUCGCGUGGAGAUGUUAGCUCCAACGGCAUUGGAAUUCGAGGUAUCUAAGCACAUCAAUCAAGAAGAAGUUAUUCGAGAUUACAACUUGUGGGAUGACCUAAGCAAAUCAAACGAGAUCCUGAAUGAGCUGGCAGAAAGUGCCAAGGUGGUUGAUACUCUCAAGGAUCUCACGUAUAAGGCAGAGGAAGCUAAACUUAUAACAGAGCUUGCCGAAACAGAUGCUGUUAACUACACAUUAUUAAAGCAAGCGUACAGUACUUCUUUGUCUUUGAACAAUUAUCUGGACAAAUACGAGCUGUCCAAGCUUCUCAAGGAGCCGUACGACAUGGAAGGAGCAUGCAUUGUUCUUGAAUCGAGACAUGAAGAUUCAUAUUCUGAGAGAUGGACAGGACAGCUGGCACAGGUGUACAUGAAAUGGGCCGAAAGGCAGGGUUAUGUUGGGAGGAUUGUAGAGAGUUUUCCUUCAGAUAAUGGCGGUUUAAAGUCUGCAACUAUUGAGUUGGAAUUUAAGUUCGCUUACGGGUAUUUAUCGGGAGAAAGAGGUGUGCACUCUAUGAUAAGAAGUCUCCAAAAAAAUUCUACUUCUCAUUCUGAGGCUUGCGUUGUUGCAUAUGUGGAUGUAAUUCCUCUAUUCAUUGACAAAUCUCCUUGUCUGUUAAUUGAUGAUGAGGAUUUGAUGGUUUCGUACACUUCAUCAGUUCAUGUCCGGCAUUUGCCAACGGGUUUAGAAUUCCAAUCGGCAGGCGAAAGGAGUCGCUUUGCGAACAAAUUAAAAGCGCUCAAUCGUUUGAAAGCCAAACUACUCGUAGUUAUGCUUGACCAAGGCAUAUCAAGCGUGGAAAAUAUCAAGAAAGUUGCUUCGAUUGACCGAUGGAGUCAAAUUACCCGAAAAUAUGUUUUUCGGCCAAACAAUAUGGUGCAUGACCUGAAAUCGGGAGUCCAAUUUUCUGAUGUAAAUGCAGUCUUGAAUGGAAAUAUUGAUUCUCUUAUUGCUGGCCAUAUCCAUUGUAGACAAAGUAGUACUUUCAUUUAACCAGAUUAAUGCUGCUUUAUUUUUUAUUUUUUAUUUUGUUCCUUUUUCUUUUCUACCCUCAUCAACAAACUUUGGUUUGGUUUUUUUGGUGGCAGCAGCACAAAUGGGAUUGUGGGUGGUUUGUUGAAGAACAAUGUUUGUGACAUUUAGAUGCAUUUUGUUUCUUUAUAUAUAAAUUUUCACUUUUUUUUCAGCUUAAAAUUUUUAUUUUCCUGUAAGGUAAAAUCUAUUGUGAA